ACUCUGAUAAAAAAAUACUCUUAUCAAAUAACUAAUGGAUAUUUCCUAAAAUCAAGAUUGAUUUUCCACACAUAUAUAUUGAGAUAAAAUUAAUUUCCUUAUAAAUAUAUAUUUCCAUUUUAUUAGUUGCGAGAUAAAUCAAGUUCAGCUCGCUAAAAUUCAAAUAUGGCAGGCCAGUGUCGAAUCGUCAUAUUAUUUUUGUGCGUAGGUCUGCUUAAUUCCGUGUUUGGAAAUGAUUGUGGUUGUGACAGCAGCGAAGAAAUCGUAACCGAAAGCUCUCGUGAAGUUGAGUGUGACUGUGGACCUGGAAGUUUAGAAUGCUGUUAUGUUAAUGGUACAAAGCAUUGUGAGUGCAUAGAAGGAUAUGCUCAAAAUAAAGACAUUUGUGAAGAAUGCAAUUGUGGACACGGAACUUUAGAAUGUACUUUUGCAAAUGGCGCAAAAUUCUGCACAUGCAAAUCAGGUUACGUUCUAAGCAAGGACGUUUGUCAAGAGUGCAAUUGUGGACAAGGAUCUUUAGAAUGCUCUUAUAUAAAUGGCAAAAAACAUUGUACAUGCAGAUCAGGUUACGCUCUGCACAAGGACACCUGUGAAGAGUGUAAUUGUGGGCUUGGAACUUCAGAAUGCUCGUAUAUAAAUAGUACAAAACUCUGUACUUGUAGAUCAGGUUACGCUCUAAGCAAUGGCGUUUGUGAAGAGUGCAAUUGUGGAAAUAAUUCAAAAAGUUGUGAGCUGAAAAAUUCUUUGAAAUUCUGCACUUGUAAUUCCGGAUACGUAUAUAACAUUGGCAAGGAUGAAUGCGAAAAGUGUGAUUGUGGUGCUAAUUCAGAAAGUUGCCAGAUGAUAGGUACUUUAAAGCUGUGCACUUGUAUUUCUGGGUACAUAUACCACCCAAUUAAAAAUGAAUGCGAAAAAUUCGAACUCCCAGAGGGUGGACUGGAGAUAUUAACGUACGUAAUGUAUUUCUCUAUAAUUGGUGUUAUCUUUGGUCUAAUUAAUUCUGGAUGCUUCAUUGUUCUUUGUUGCAAAAGACAUUAUGAUAAAAAACACAAAAAAGCCAGUUACUCAGUACAGAUGACGUCAUUGACUGAUCAGAACGUUUGAUGCUUUGAUAAAGUUUCAAAAGGUUCUAGAAAUACAUAUUAAAGGAGGUCUUUACGAGACACCCUCAACACGUUGAAAAUCUGUAGAUCUGAACUCAGAAGAAUAUAUGUUUUACAAAGAACUUUGAGUUUAUUUUUUUAUAAACUGUAGAACUUAUGAAUAUUAUGAAUAGAAUAAAUGAAAUAUAAAAUAUAUUUUUUCCCUUUAAGUGUCCCUAUUAGAUACAGGUUCGUAAUUUUAUCUACUUCGAAAUACAGCUCAAAGGAGAGAAAAAAGUUUACAAGAAGUUUUUGAACUAUAUGAAAUGCAUUGGAUUUAUAAAUUGUAGGAAAAGAGUUUGUUGUAGGAAAGGAAGAUUAUGUUCUAGAAUAUUUUUUUUAAAAUUAUGAAACAUAUUGAAUGCAAAAUUUGUUUAAAAAUAGUUUGAAAAUGAAUAAUACUUUCAAGAAAUUUGUGAACAUUAAUUUCCAAAAAUCGUUAACAUGAAACACUCGCCAACUCCAUACAAUUACUACGCUAUUAUUUAUUGUUUGAGACAACUUGUAUAUAACUUGUAUGUAUCUUAAAUACAUCUUAAAUACAUCUUAUCUUUUACCUUACUUUGUAUAUAUCUUGUAUAUUGUUUGCUUCAUUAACAAAUUUGUAUUGCUGUAAGAUAUGAAAACCUCUCUGUUUUGAAAUCAUAUUUAGUUACUUCUGAAUAAAAUCCUAGUGACUCAAAAAAAUAAAUUCUGUUAAUUAUAUUUUAGUAUCUCACAGAAUGAAUUUCAAUUACAUUUACAUAAUCUGAAAACAAAUUUAGUGGACUGCUAUCACACAAAUAAACACUUGGACAAAAGGAA